AUGUACCACCCGAGCGGCCGCGCCCCGGGCGGCGACUCCGCGAUCCGCGCGACGGACGGGGACGCCGUGCUCGCGCGCUUCUCCGCCGUGCAGCGCGGCUACCUCGCCGACCCGUUCCUCGCCCCCUUCGUCCCGCGCGCGCACCUGCAGCCGCCGCGCCCGCCGCUGAUCAACAUCGGGACGUACGUGCGCUCGGAGGCCGUCGACGGCCUCCUCGGCGCGUGGCUCGCCCGCUGCCCGCGCGGCGCCCAGGUCGUCAGCCUCGGCGCCGGCAGCGACACGCGCUUCUGGCGGCUCGCGGCUGGCCCGAGGAAGGACGCGGUCGCGCGGUACGUCGAGAUCGACUUCCCGGAGAACACGACCAAGAAGGCGAUGGCCAUCCGGAAGCACGCCGUCCUCCACGAACCGCUCGGCGGGCUCGCCAACCUCUCGUUCGAUAACGGCGGGACGACGGUGCACUCCCCGGUCUACCACCUGCUCGCCACCGACCUCCGGCGGCCGCCGUCGGAGACGCUCGAGCCGCUGCUCGCGCCGCUGCUGGACCCGACGCUGCCGACGGUGCUGCUGUUCGAGUGCGUGCUCGCGUACAUGGAGCCCGCGGACUCGACCGCGGUCCUCAAGUGGUUCACCGACUUCUUCUCCGCGCUCGCAGCGACGGAGGGCGGCGCGGUGCUUGGGUGCAUCGUGUACGAGAUGUUCGCGCUCGAGGACGCGUUCGGGUCAGUCAUGCGCAACCACCUCGCGGCCAGAAACAUCUCCUUGCCAGGAGUGAAGCCGUACCCCACGGUAGAAUCUCUUCCGAAGCGGUUCACGGACAUCGGUUGGCAGACGGCGAAGGCGUUGACUUUGAAGGACAUCCGACGAGAAUACGUUCCGAGUGCUGAGCUGGAAAGAAUGUCGCGGCUUGAAAUGCUGGACGAGAUUGAGGAGCUUGACCUCACUCUUGCACACUAUGCGGUGACAUGGGGCGUAAAGUUGCCCCCGCAGACCGAUCAGCUCAGAGUAGAAUGGGAUACAUGGGGAUUACACCCAAAGACGGACAACGCAGAAGACGACUCCUAA